AUGGAAAAGUACAAGAUGCCCACUGUGCAACAAUUUCUUACUAAAAAGACGAUUGGAGACAAAAAGGAACCAGUGUGGAUUUACUUGGAGAGAGAAAUGAAGGAAAAUAUACACAAGAAACCAUAUAACGAAAAAGUGGGUAGAUGGUUGAAGUUUUUGAAGGAACUAAAACACUACCAGAAUCUUGAAGGUAAAAGGAAGCUUAAAAGGUUGAAAUCUGAGGUGGGACCUACUUGGUACUGUGAAUUAUCCGAUGUUCAGAAGCAAGUUUUGAACGAUUUAAAAGCAAACAUUCAUCAAGACUUAAUAGAAGAUAUACCAAGAAGAACAAGAAAGUCAUUAUCGGACCUAGGAGUAACUUUAAAAAUACCAAAAUCGUUGUUGAUGAAAGCCAUGAAAGAUUCUAUAGAAGAUCCUGGGAUUUUUAUUUGGAACCUUUAUAAUUCUUAUUAUAAAGUGCCACCUAGCUAUUUACGACCAGGUAAAGUGCCCAUUAAGUAG